UUAUAAGGUUGGCCUUUUCCGGAACGUUUCGCUGUGUUUACACUACCGGAGACAGGAGGCCGCGGCUCCUUCGACGUUUCACUAGCAGAAAAACUUUCAAUUGGAAGCUUUAGCUGUGGCAGUAGAGUCGAAGUCAGACAGGUGAUGAGUUGAAGACUGAAGGCUGGCUGAUUGUUAGGGACCAUGGAGGAUGACUGCAGGCCUCUGCUGGGCCCAGAUCCCGCUGGGGACAGCCCCUCCCACAGAGGCUCAGCUGGGUCACUGGACAUCAGAACUAAACGGCCUUUCUAUGUGGAGCCCAGGAACAUUGUAAGUAAUGACCCUCAGGAGAGGAUCUCUGCUGAGGCUGCCAUCCUGAACAGUAGAGUCCAUUACUACAGCAGACUGACAGGGUCCUCUGACACAAUGCUGAGUCCUCCAAACCAUGUGAUCCCCACUCCAGAGGAGAUGUACGUCUACAGCCCUCUCGGGAUGGCUUUCAAGGUUCCAGACAGCGAGCAGGCUGCUAAGAACCCCAGCAUUGUCACCAUCUUUGCCAUAUGGAACACCAUGAUGGGGACAUCCAUACUCAGCAUACCGUGGGGUAUUAAGCAGGCUGGUUUCACUCUGGGAAUUAUCAUCCUCAUCUUCACUGGCCUGCUAAUGCUGUACUGCUGUUACAUUGUCAUCAAAUCACCAAAGGCAAUUAGGGGUGUGGACACAUCUAGCUGGGAAUUCCCUGAUGUUUGCAGGUUCUACUUUGGAAAGCUUGGCCAGUGGUCCAGCUUGGUCUUCUCCAUGGUCUCUCUUGUUGGAGCCAUGGUGGUAUACUGGGUCCUAAUGUCCAACUUCCUCUACAACACUGGGCAGUUCAUCUACAACCAUGCUCACAACGUCAGCACAUCCGAUUCAGAGUAUGGAACCAACGGCUCUGAUAGAGUUAUCUGCCCAUACCCUAAAACUCACCCUGGAAGAAAUGACUCCAUGACCAGUCUGUGUGGCAGCUCCUCUGGGAAUGACUCGUCUGGGAGCAGCUUUGAUCACUACUGGAGUAAAACCGGCACUAUCCCUCUCUACCUCAUCGUCCUGCUGCUGCCACUGCUCUGCUUUCGCUCUGCCUCUUUCUUUGCCAGGUUCACUUUCUUUGGCACUAUAUCAGUCAUCUAUCUGAUUGUGCUGGUCACAAUCAAAGCUUCCCGCCUUGGCUUCCAUCUAGAGUUCCACUGGUUUGAUCCGUCCAAGUUCUACGUUCCAGAGUUCAGGCUGUUUUUUCCUCAGCUGACUGGUGUGCUCACCCUGGCCUUCUUCAUUCACAACUGCAUCAUCACAUUGAUGAAGAGCAACAAAAACCAAGAAAAUAAUGUAAGGGACCUGUCCUUGGCUUAUCUUCUCGUUGGAGGGACAUAUAUGUAUGUGGGCGUGUUGAUCUUUGCUGCCUUUCCCUCACCUCCUCUCUCCAAAGACUGCAUUGAACCAAACUUUUUAGAUAACUUCCCCAGCAGUGAUGUGAUGGUGUUUGUGGCUCGAGUGUGCUUGCUGUUCCAAAUGAUUACUGUCUAUCCUCUGCUGGGUUAUUUGGUACGAGUCCAGAUUAUGGGUCAGCUGUUUGGAAAUCAUUAUCCCGGUUUCAUUCACAUUCUUGUGCUGAAUAUUCUCAUUGUUGGAGCUGGAGUUCUAAUGGCCAUGUUUUAUCCCAACAUUGGAUCUAUAAUACGAUUUUCUGGAGCAAUAUGUGGACUGGCCUUAGUGUUUCUACUUCCUACUUUAGUCCACAUGUUCUCCCUGAGAGAGCAGGGGAGACUCACCUGGCAGUCAGUCCUUUUCCACAGUUUCCUCAUCGUUCUGGGUGUGGCCAACCUGAUGGCUCAGUUUUUUAUGUAGAAAACAACUAGGCAAUAAUUUAAAGAUGAGAAAAUGUAAUGGAAGGUUUAGCUGCUACCACCUAACUGGUGUGGUUUAAAUAUCUCCACAACAGGCUCCAAACAUACAGUAUGCAAGCAUUUACAUACAUAUUUAUUUCAAUAUGUACUUCAUAUUCAAAUAAAUGUAUAACGAUUAGUUGUUUGAACUUACAUUGAGUAAAGAAUGUUUUGAACAUGUCAAUAUUUUCUCUGUUUAAAUAUUUCUAAAAUGGCCAUUGGCAGAGUUUAUUAAUAGCCCAAGUAAUCCACACAUAUGAAGAAAUCAAGCAAAUUAGUCCACAAAGUCAGUUAUGAGUAAACAAAUGGAUUGAAACGGGGAACAUGUGAAGAAUAGCAUCUUCUACAUAUCUCUUCUACAGAUAUCUCUCUUAGCCUUCAAAAAGUUUUUUUAUAAUGAAAAUAUUUCACAGUUGCUAUCUGGAGAUUGCACACAGUUGCACAGGAGAGAGGUGGGGUCACCUUGAACAGGUCACCAGUCCAGCACAGGACAAACAAUCAUGCACACAUUCAUACCUCAUGAGAAUUUAGACAGACCAGUCAACCUAAACAUCAUGAUUUUGGACUGUGGGAGGAACCCAGAGUACCCUGAGAGAACCUACGCAUGGACAGGGAGAACAGGAAGAGUCCAUGCCGGGAAUCGAACCCAGGACCUUCUUUCUGCAAGGCAGCAAUGAUACGAACUGCUCCACCACACAACAAAAAGCAUACUGUUCCUAAACAUAGUCAUGGCAGUCAGUGGUUACAACUGCAUCCCCCCCACAGGUUUUAUUGGCUCUAGUGGCCUUUAUUUGACAGUAAAUUGGGUAUUUAGAGAAGGGGGAAGACAUGCAGCACCGGGAAUUGAACCUGCGACAGCCACAUCGAGGGCUAAAGCCUCUAUAUGUGGGUUGUGCUUAAUCCCUGUGCCAUCUCAACAUCCCACAGCUGCAUUUUUAAACUUCUUAAACUUCCUAGUGAGCGCUGUUGGAAUUAUUAUCCGAAAGUGGAACAAACAUGACUUCACCACAAACCAGCCAGGUGGCCCAUUUAAGAUUUCUGAAAGAGUCAAAAGAAUAACUAGAAUUGUCCAAGAGCCAAGAACCACUUGCAGAAAGUUGCAGGUGCAUUUUCUCCAGGUAAGCAAUAAGUAAUGCCUUUAUAGCAAUGGCUUCUAUGCACAGUGACUGCACAAGACGUCACCCCGGAAGAACGUUUGCUGCAGAAGAUUUGGGCAAGUGUGCAAAAUUCUGAGAGAAGACAGUCUGGUCUAAUGAGGCCAACGUAAUCGCUCACAUCAAGUUUAAAGAAAGAAUGGUUCUGUACAUCACUCUGGAAACACCAUGCAAAGGUGACAUUAGCAGGUGGAAACAUCACAGUGUGGGCUCUGUUACAGCACCUGGUUCUGGGAGGCUUCAUAUAAUGCAAGGAAAGAUAGAUAGAUUUACUAGGAAACUUUUGAUAAGAAUGUGAGAAUGAAACAAAUGUGAAUUUGAAGCAAGUUUCAAACACAGCCAAGGAAACUCUUAACUCAUUUCUGAGAAAUAAAGUAAAACUGUUAGGAUGGCUCAGUCACCUAUCUUAAAUGAAAAUAUAUGGAAAGAGCUGAAUGUGCAAUUAAAGGAACCCUGAAAACCUUUAAGAUUUGGAGACAUUUUGUCUGAGACGAUAGGUUCCAUUCCAUGUUUCAUUCUAUUUUUUUAGUCAUUAAAUUGACUGGUGGAUUUAUUUGCUCUGAUUAUGUUAGUGGAUUGCUUGGGUGUGAGUUGAUGCUGAUGGUGGCCUGGUGUUAAUUUUAUCUCAGUGUCCCCAUUAGAACAUUUAAGCUGAGAAAAAUGUUGACAUGUUUAAUACUAAUUUUACCAGCCUCAUUUUAAUUCAGGCCAACCUUUGUUUAUUUGACUUUGCUUAUACAGAGAUUAAAAACGGACAGUCUCUGUUUGAUAUUUACAUUAGAAAAUAUCAAACUAAUCAGACAAAUAUAAUAAAGAUAAAGACUCCAGGGAAUAUGGACCUCAGGGGAAGCAGUUGUGUAGAUUAGCAGGAAAAGAAAAUGUAUAAAUAUACAUAAAAUAAUCAUAAACUAAAUGGUAAACUGAGAAAGAAUGUCUGGUGACAUUCUUGAUAUGGUUUCUGAAACCAUAGUUUGAAUCAAAUAUGUUUUUCAAUUUUGAUGAAGGAAAUUCUCAUAAUUUAAUAUGUAAAAAAAAAAAACUGCUUCAAAGUGCCUUGAUGGAUGUGGGCUCAUAAAUGCACUAAUAAACGGAGGUGUUUGUCAUCAGCAUAACUAUGAAAGUUAAUGCCAUGUCUCCUAAUGAUGUAUGCCAACAGUUGGUGGGUGGCAUAUAAGGAUUCAAAAUAUUGGGACUCAAUGCUGAGCCUUGGUGGACACAUUACUUGUGUAAAACUGGGAUGCUGUUACUUUAGUUGAUUAAGGAAAAGCUUCUCCACAUUUAGCUAAAAACGCAGCAGAUUAGAAUAAAGACAUUGAGUUCACAACAGCAGACUUAAAGACAGUUGUGAAACCCACUGUCCCGCUCCAUAUAAAAAGAAUAGUUCAAAUUAAGAGCAUAAUUUUGAAAAAGAUAUGGUUCUAAAGAGUCUAAAGAUAUUUUUCUGUUUUAAGUGAGAAAUAAUUCUGCUUAGCAGUUCAUCAACCAUUCUCCAAUGUUUCCCCACCAUUUAACAAUGACUCAGAGGUGAUAUUUUUAUGCUGGCAUUGAGAUAAAUUAUAUCUUAUAUUUUUUAUGUUUCCUCUGAAGUAGGCUGCAAAAUCUCCACACUUUGUAAUUGUGGAGUUACUGGUGGAUACUGGGGAGGGCUGGUUAGAUUAGUCUGUUAAAAACUGAGAACAGGAUUCUUUGAUUAUUUUUAGUAUCAGAUAUUAAUUUUAAUAAAUAUGAAUAGUUCACUUGCUUGACUGUAAAUGAUCUAAUUCUGGAAAUUGUGGUAAUUUAUUUGCUGAUCUUUUCUUUCUGAUUUUCUUCAUGUCUUUCCCAGAAGAUUUUAUAUUUUGUAUUUCUUAAUUCACUGUUAGAUUUUUUCCAACCAUGAAAUGUAAAAAUUCUAUUUAUGAAAAAGUAUUUUAUCAAGCAAUGUAUGAUUGUUGUUAAUACCGACCAAAGUGAAACCAAAUGUUUCCUGGCCUCAUCUUCAUGAAGUAUUGUGGUUUGCUGUCUCUGUAGAGCAGUUUUUCUGCAUCCUUCAGUUUUACAGCCUGGUCUCACUUUUUGGGUUGCAGCUGAUUUCUAUGGCAGAGCUCUUAAAAUGGCUGCUCAGCAGAGAAAACACAGCAGCACUCAGCAGUUAGACAGUGCUCUCAGGCAUUGGUUUUAAUCAGACAAUAACAUUUGGAGCAGUCUGAACGAAGAGCAGAGUUGCUUUUCCUCCUCUGUGGGUUUAAGUCCAGGAUGUUUGCUGUCGGGUUUAAUUCAAGUUAAACAUAUUAUGAACUUUAUAGUUCUGAAAACUUUGUUCUUACAAAAGAUACAGUGUGUUGACAUUUUUGGAAGAACUUCAGUAGCAUUUAAAGCUGUACUAAACAACUGACCGGUAUUUGACAUGUUAAGAUGAUGUGUGUACCCAGCAGAUUGUAUUGGCCCAGUAAUGAUGGACAAAGGGAAUACUUGUGUGAAGAUGUAGGAUCUGUAUGUUUGUUGACUUUUAUUAAACUUCUUGUUGAUUGUA